GUCAUUUGCGGUGUCUGCCUUAUUACAAUUAGUGAUGCGGCAACCUGAAAUCAACUCCAUCUGUUAAUUCUCACUUGUAGCAGCUGUGACAUCGAUUUUCAACUUCUUUUGAUUUCCGUUUCGGUUUCGAUUCACUUUUUUUUUUAACUGUUAGUUCCUUUUAACACAUUGUUUUACUUUCAAAAUCAUUGCGUCGCUAAUUGUCCACCGAACAGUGAGCCUUGCUAGACUAAGGUCACGAGUCUGGAAGAUUCACCACCUCAAAGACAAUGUAUGUACAUUGUUUGUCUUGGUGUUCUCUAUUUCCCCUAGCAUCCAUACCAUAUAAAACUUUCCAGACCCUCGCACCGAAUUUGUUUCGCCACUAUCUAUAGAAUCUAUAGAAUAUUCGCGUGCCCUUUACACGACUGAUUACCUACAUCACUUUGAUUGUCUUGUCUAUUGCUGACUGAGUUUUGACAUUCGCCCGUCUAGAGACCCGACUCCCAUCUUCAUACCCGAAAGCCAUCUGCCUGUCUGUCUAUAGUCCUCGUCUGGCACCCUCCUUGGGGGAUAUCUCUUCCGACAUCUUAUCACCAUGUCCUUAACCGCGGCACGACCUAUGCCCUCGGCGCCGAACCGAGAGGACAUCGGCCAGACAUGGGAGUACCUUCAGAGUGGUAUUUCCAAGAUUAUGAUUAAUCUACAGGAAGGAAUGGAUAUGGCCACUUACAUGGGCAUUUAUACGGCGGUUCAUAACUUUUGUACAUCACAGAAAGCUGUCGGUUUAGGUAGUUCCAGUGCCGUAGGACAGGCUCACAGAGGAGCGCAUCUCCUCGGCGAGGACCUCUACAAGAAAUUGAAGGAAUACCUGAACAACCACCUCAAUGGACUAUACGAACAAUCCAAGGGACAUGCUGACGAGGCCUUACUGGCAUUCUAUAUCAGAGAAUGGAAUAGAUAUACGGUCGCCGCCAAGUACAUCCACCACUUGUUUCGAUAUCUCAACCGGCACUGGGUCAAGCGAGAGAUGGACGAGGGAAAGAAGAAUACGUACGACGUUUACACUCUACAUCUAUACCAGUGGCGCACCGAAUUCUUUACACUCGUUAACAAGAAGGUUAUGGAUGCGGUACUCAUGCUGGUGGAGAAGCAGAGGAAUGGUGAGACAAUUGAGCAUAGGCAGAUCAAGCAGGUUGUCGAUUCCUUCGUAUCCCUCGGUCUUGAUGAGCACGAUGCAACUAAGUCGACUCUUGACACCUACAGAUUUCAUUUCGAGAAGCCGUUCCUUGCGGCGACGGAGGAAUUCUACAAGGCUGAAUCUAAGCAAUUUGUUGCCGAGAACAGCGUUGUAGAAUAUAUGAAGAAGGCCGAGGCCCGAUUAGCUGAAGAGGAAGAGCGUGUGCGCAUGUACCUCCACAACGACAUAGCGCUACCGUUGAAGAAGACAUGCAACAAAGCCUUGAUCGCUGACCAUUCCGCAAUGCUAAGGGAUGAGUUCCAAGUUCUCCUCGACAACGACCGAGAGGAAGACAUGGCCCGUAUGUACAAUCUUCUCUCUAGGAUUCCGGAUGGGCUAGAGCCACUACGAACGAAGUUCGAGGCUCACGUUCGCAACGCGGGCCUUAACGCGGUUGCAAAGGUUGCUUCGGAUGCCGAGAAACUUGAGCCCAAGGUCUACGUGGAAGCUUUGCUUGAGACACAUACCCGAUAUCAAGGUUUGGUGAAGCGCGCAUUUGCCGAUGAGCCGGAGUUCACAAGGUCUUUGGACAAUGCCUGCAGAGAGUUUGUGAACCGCAACGAGAUCUGCAAGGCAGGGAGCAGCAAGUCUCCCGAACUUCUCGCCAAGUAUACCGAUGUGUUACUGAGAAAGAGUGGGGCUGGCGUGGAAGAGGCUGAACUCGAUGCUACUCUGACGCAAAUCAUGACCGUUUUCAAGUACAUUGAGGACAAGGAUGUAUUCCAGAAGUUCUACUCGAGAAUGUUAGCCAGACGUCUGGUGCACAGCAAUUCCUCAUCUGAUGACGCUGAAACAAGCAUGAUAAGUAAGCUCAAGGAAGCAUGCGGUUUCGAAUAUACAAAUAAACUGCAGCGCAUGUUCCAGGAUAUGCAAAUCUCCAAGGAUCUCAACACCGGAUUCCGAGAGCAUACCAAGGGCCUGCAAUCAGAGAAGCAACCACUCGACUCUUCGUACUCGAUCCUGGGAACCAGUUUUUGGCCUCUGACCCCCCCUAAUACGACGUUCAACCCGCCAGCCGAGAUUCAAACCGACAUUGAUCGAUUCACACUCUUCUACAAGAACAAACACGAAGGUCGUAAGUUAAGCUGGCUAUGGCAACUCUGCAAAGGAGAGCUCAAGACCGGCUACUGUAGGCAAUCAAAGACGCCCUAUACUUUUCAAGUGAGCGUUUAUCAGAUGGCUAUUCUUCUGCAAUUCAAUUCGAAGGAUGCCCACUCGUACGAUGAUAUCGCAUCGGUUACCCAGCUGACUAGCGAGGUUCUGGAUCCUGCCCUCGGUAUCCUUCUCAAGGCCAAAGUUCUUCUUAUGAAGCCUGACGGCGAGAAGCCUGGUCCCGGAAAGAUGUUCCAUCUUAACUAUGAUUUCAAGAGCAAGAAGAUCCGUGUCAACCUUAACGUUGGCACCAAGACGGAACAGAAGCAGGAGGAGGCCGACACCAACAAGACGAUUGAGGAUGACCGUCAAAUGGUCUUACAAUCUGCUAUUGUCCGAAUCAUGAAGGCACGAAAGAAGAUGAAGCACAACCUACUAAUUACCGAGUGUAUUACUCAGAUCAGGUCACGCUUUGUGCCUAAGGUUGGUGAUAUCAAGAAGUGCAUCGAGAUCCUUCUUGACAAGGAAUACUUGGAGCGUUUGGAAGAUGACGAUCUCGGUUAUCUCGCUUAAGACAGACAUGAGCCCUUAGUCUGUAGCAUAAUUGCAUUAUACUCAGGCAUAUUCCCCCCGUAUUCUUUCUCCUGGCAUCCGUCGACGGCGGCGGCGGCGGCGGCGGCGGCGGCGGUUAUAUUCCUCAUGACACAUUGCGACGGUGGUGUAAUAACGAAAGCCCGGAGGUUGGCUCUCCAAACGGACACUCGGAAGGCGCUUUUUUAUUUUUCUUCCUGGUUCUUGGUUGGUGGGCUAUCUGACGCGAGGCGGUUUUCGGAACGAUCAACUAGACUUUAUUACGCGUUUGACGAGGCCCCGAGUUACUACAGAAUGCGACGACAAGCUGGGCACUUCCCACAAUACGUUUGACGGAGAGACCAGAUUUGGCACGAGGAGAAGAGGGCUGUGUCGUGUACAGAACGGAAACGCCUCGCUUAUAGCACCGCGGCUAGCUAGCUGCUCCUUGCUUCCCCCCUCCUCCUCCUAUUUUCCUACAUAUACCUAGGCUUAGGUAGCUAGGCCGAACCCCGGGUCGUCGUGAUGAGUGCUAGUGAUGAUACCUCAGGCGUCCCGAGCAGCUCCUGCUAUACCAUCUGGGUCUGUGUCUAGGUGGAACCGCAAACCCCAUAGAUACGAAUAAAUACUCUACAUCUACGUGCGCUAGUGUUUGUGUUGUGAAAAUGAUGUCUACUUUACUUC